CACAACCACAAAGGAAAAAUUGGCUAUAUCGUAAAAAUAUAUGAAAGUAUAAAUGUGCUUUUUGGUCUUGAUUUAAGGUUAGGAGUAAGGUUAACAGAGUGGUUAAGUUUAGAUUUAAAAUCCUUAAAAAAUAUAUACAUAUAAUUGGGCGAGGUUUAGGACUUUAUGGUUGUGGUAACUAGCCGCGACUAAUAUUGUUAUCAGUCAGCUGACAGUGCGUGACAGGUUAGACCAAAGACACUUGCGGUUGCAGUUAAGCAAAAUCCAAUUUGUGCAUUACGAUUGUCAUUUUAACUUUUUCAGCGGAAUUUUCUGUUAGAACCCCCUCUUAUAUGUCAAGUACACUGGUGAUGAACAUAGUAAUAAGUCAACUAGCAUCUGUUGUUAAGUUAGCUACUAUCAAUGCUAUGGGCUAUGCCUAGCUAGCUAACGCAUCCUUCCCUAUUUCAUUUUAGUGUAGUUAAUUAUACGUAAGCAACAAUAUGUCUGGACCAAAUGGAGAUCCUAACAUCCCAAGUGACGAUGGCAUCAUUGAGGAUGAAGAUGAAUUCAACGAAGAAGAGUAUGCAGCCAUCAACACUAUGCUGGAUCAGAUCAACUCCUGCCUGGAUGACCUGGAGGAACGCAACGACUCCCUGAAUGGCAAACUACAUGAACUGUUGGAGUCUAACCGGCAGGCCAGGCAGGAGUUCAGAGGUCAGCUGACCACUGCUACACCCCCAGGAGAGGAGAAAUUGUUCCCAGACCAGGAUUCUCCAGCCACUGAAGGGGAGAAGGGUGGAGAGUGAGAGGACAAAGCUUGACUAGAGAUCUUCUCAUACAAAUCAACAACAUUCCUUCCAUCUAUAUGAGCAUAUUAUCUCAAGUGUUUCUGUCUGGUGUGUUGACACUUAGAUAAGUGUGAAUAGGGUUUGUCCUUUUCUGUCCCUUACAUGUAGUGCUUAUGAAUCCACACUCGGCUGUUGAAAUAUUAAAAUGGUUCCUCACGGGAAGGUAAAUUAGCCAAAAGCUGACAGUUCAUUCUGUGUGUUGAAGUGAUUACUUUAUGCCAACACGUAUUCACCACCACAUACGAUGUAUACUAAUGUUUAGCUACCUGUAUACAGUCCUCAAUUGAUACAAUAGUAGGUAUUUAUCCCUGUGCUUGGUAUGGGGUGAAAGCAUGUGGAAUGAUCCUAGUGAUUGACAUAACUGGUUGUUUGUAGUCAAUAUUUACCUCUUUGUGGGGAAACUACCUUUACAGCAAUAAUACAAUAUUCCAAAUGUUGUGACUUUCAUUGGUCAAUGUUUUUCAGUGAUGUGCAAGAAGAGAUGAAUGUUUUGUGCUGUGUUCCCUUUUUUCCUAUUCUGUUUUUGUUAGCCAGGUAUAAAUACAGUAUAUUUAAUGUUACUGAGUGUGACAUCUUGAGAAUUGCUAACUUAAAGCACUAGCUCUCUAAAACAUUUUAAACAAUGAACAGGUGUGAUAUAUUCAAGUGAGGCAAUAGUCAUAUUUUAUUUAUAAAUUAAAAGGAACCCAAUACAGAAAACAUCCCCCAAAAAAUACAAGAAACCUCUAGCUGCUAGAAAACAACUAUUUUGUUCAUCUGAGUUUGUCAUUUGUUGAAUAAAAAUACAUUAAGAAGCAUA